AGCCCUUUUGACUCCCGGUCUCCCACCACACUACCACGGGGGUCCUCGGCUCGCACAAAUCAAAGCACGACGGAGGGAAACCCAAAGCCACGCACUGUCCUCUCCGCUCGCUCUCCCACUCCCCCCUGUCUGUCCCUCCUCAUGCUCACCACCAUCAGACCAGCCAUGCCCGCCUAGCUAGCUAAGCUAAGCUCGGCUACAAGCCCAGUAGAAGCGCGAAGGACGGUGUAGCCAUGGGCUGCUGCGUCAGCAAGAAGUGCGGCGAGCCGCCGGGCGCGGCCGAUGGGAGGAAGGCCGUGGAGGCCCGCGACCUGCCGCCGCCCGAGGAGGAGAAGGUCAAGGAGGUGCUCUCGGAGACGCCGCGCGUCAAGCCGCGGUCCAGGGCCAGGCGCGUCGCUGGCGGCACGGUGGUGGCGCCGUCGGCGGAGAAGGCCAGGGCCAAGGACGGCCAUGGCGUCGGCGGCAGGGUCAGCAGGCCCGCGCGCUCCGUCGAGGAGAAGUCGGAGGCGGCGUCCGAGUCGUCGGCCGCGACCACGGUGGCCGGGCCCGAGCGGUCCCCGUCCAAGCCGCCCAGGUGCCGGCAGGGAAGGGCCGCGCCCGGUGGCGAGCUCAGGCGCGCCAGGCGGGACCGAGACCACGGCGCGGCCACCCCCGGCGGGCGCGGGCGCGCGUCCCAGUCGCCCCCGCCUCCGCGGCGCGACCCCGGGCGGAGGUCGCCGUCGCCGGCCGCGAAGCGGGCGCAGGACCAGCGCCGCGACACCGCCGGCUCGGCCUCGUGCGCGCAGAGAAAGCCGCCCGUGCCCGCGAGGCCAUGCGGCCGCACGCCGACGCCGCCCCGUGGGCAGGAGGUGCCUCCCCAGCCAUCGCCGGCGCCACCGGCGGCGGCGAAGCCACUCCCGCACGGUCCUCCUACGCAAUGUGCGUCCCCACCGACGCCACAGGUACCGGAGCAGGAGGAUACGGAUACUCCCCCGGGCAGCGACGGCGACGCUGCGGCCGGUGGCGGCGAGGGCGAGGGGAAGGAGUCCCUGGAGAACCCCCUGGUGUCCAUGGAAUGCUUCAUCUUCCUGUGACAGUAGCACUAGACCUGCCUUCUCUCGCUUCCCAGUAAGUAAUCAGUGCUCCAUUGCUACAGUUAGGAGUAACUAGAUUUAGCAGCCGUGCUGAUUUGGUGAAUGUAAUCUCGCUGGUAACUUCUUCUCGGGUUGGAAUUUUGCAUCCCGGGGAAGAAAUCAGUCCCAGCUCUUUGGUGUACUCUGUACAACCACUACUUUCUUUGGUGUACUCUGUAAUCAGUAAUCUUUCCUGUAGACUGUAGCUAAUCCAAGCUAAGCUAGCCAGGGCAUCUCUGUAAUGAACUGCAUUAAUA